AUGGCGCCCCGUCUGGGAAUCCCCCGCGUCUCUCUGCUCAUGUUUUUUGAUGAGCGCUGGAGAAAGAGGCGAGCUGAUGAGGUCUGUGGGGAGGAGCGUGCACGGGGAGAGUGCACGAGGAGAGUGCACGAGGAUGGAGAGGAGCCAAGAUCUGAUCACAGCCAGCGUCUAAAGCUUCUGUCUGUAACUGUCUGCUCUUCCCUGCGGUUGCCAGAUUUGAUCCACUGCACCAACGAGAUGAACGUGAGCGUCCCGCAGCUCGCCGACACGCUGUUCGAGCGCACGGCCAACUCCAGCUGGGUGGUGGUGUUCAAGGCCCUGAUCACUACACACCACCUCAUGAUGUACGGCAACGAGCGGUUGGUCCAGUACCUCGCCUCCCGGAACACCCUCUUCAACCUCAACAACUUCCUGGACAAAGGAGCUCUCCAAGGUUACGACAUGUCCGUGUUCAUCCACCGCUACAGCCGCUACCUGAACGAGAAGGCCCUGUCCUACAGACUGGUGGCUGUGGACUUCACCAAGAUGAAGAGAGGAAUCGAUGGUGUGAUGAGAAGCAUGAACGCAGAGAAACUCAUCAGGACUUUACCGAUCAUCCAGAACCAGCUGGACGCACUGCUGGACUUUCAGGCGAAUCCCAACGAGCUGACGAACGGAGUGAUCAACGCGGCCUUCAUGCUUCUGUUCCGAGACUCCAUCCGACUGUUCGCUGCUUACAACGAGGGCGUCAUCAACCUCCUGGAGAAAUACUUCGACAUGAAGAAGAACCAGUGCAAAGACGCCCUGGACAUCUACAAGAAGUUUCUCUAUCGCAUGACCAAGCUGUCAGAGUUCCUCAAAGUGGCAGAGCAGGUGGGCAUAGAUCAGGGCGACAUCCCCGAUCUCUCUCAGGCUCCCAGUUCUCUCCUGGAGGCCCUGGAGCAGCACCUGGCCUCACUGGAGGGACGCAAGACCAAGGAGCUGAGCGCAGACACCAGGGCGUCCACUCUGAGCAGUGCGGUGUCGUCUCUGUCCUCCACUGGGAUGUCCUUCAGCCGCAUGGACGAGAGAGAGAGACAGCAGGCCCUGGAGGAGGAGCAGGCCCGACUGCAGGCACUGAAGGACCAGCGGUUGAAGGAGAUCGGGCCCCACUCUCCCCCCUCUGCCUCCCCCAGUGCAGUCCACGUCCACAGCCAGGACCAGGGGACCCCCAGCACCGAGCUCUUCACCGCCAUCUCCCACAGUGUUCCUGUGAACAGCGACCUGUUCGACCUGCAGCCCACCUUCAUCCCUCUACACACCACCAGUGCCUGGGGAGUGCGGUCACGGUGCGGUCACAGUGCGGUGCGGUCACGGUGCGGUCACGGUGCGGUCACGGUGUGGUCACGGUGUGGUCACAGUGCGGUCACGGUGCGGUGCGGUCACGGUGCGGUCACGGUGCGGUCACGGUGCGGUCACGGUGCGGUCACGGGGCGGUCACGGUGCGGUCACGAUGCGGUGCGGUCACUGUGCGGUCACGAUGCGGUGCGGUCACGGUGCGGUCACGGUGCGGCCACGGUGUGGUCACGGUGCGGUCACGGUGCGGUCACGGUGUGGUCACGGUGCGGUCACGGGGCGGUCACGGUGCGGUCACGAUGCGGUGCGGUCACUGUGCGGUCACGAUGCGGUGCGGUCACGGUGCGGUCACGGUGCGGUCACUGGUCACAGUGCGGUGCGGUCACGGUGCGGUCACGGUGCGGCCACGGUGUGGUCACGGUGCGGUCACGGGGCGGUCACGGUGCGGUCACGAUGCGGUGGCGGUCACUGUGCGGUCACGAUGCGGUGCGGUCACGAUGCGGUGCGGUCACGGUGCGGUCACCGGUCACAGUGCGGUGCGGUCACGGUGCGGUCACGGUGCGGCCACGGUGCGGUCACGGUGCGGUCACGGUGCGGUCACGGUGCGGUCACGGUGCGGUCACGGUGUGGUCACCGUGCGGUGCGGUCACAGUGCGGUGCGGUCACGGUGCGGUCACGGUGCGGGCACCGGUCACGGUGCGGGCACCGGUCACAGUGCGGUGCGGUCACGGUGCGGUCACGGUGCGGUCACGGUGCGGUCACGGUGUGGUCACCGUGCGGUGCGGUCACAGUGCGGUGCGGUCACGGGGCGGUCACGGGGCGGUCACGGUGCGGUCACGGUGCGGUCACGGUGCGGUCACAGUGCGGUCACGGUGCGGUCACGGUGCGGUGCGUUCACGGUGCGGUCACCGGUCACAGUGCGGUGCGGUCACCGGUCACAGUGCGGUGCGGUCACGGUGCAGUCACGGUGCGGUCAUGGUGCGAUCACGGUGCGGUCACGGUGUGAUCACGGUGCGGUCACGGUGUGAUCACGGUGCGGUCACGGUGCGGUCACAGUGCGGUCACGGUGCGGUCACGGUGCGGUGCGUUCACGGUGCGGUCACCGGUCACAGUGCGGCGCGGUCACGGUGCGGUCACGGUGCGGUCAUGGUGCGAUCACGGUGCGGUCACGGUGUGAUCACGGUGCGGUCACGGUGUGGUCACAAUGCGGUGCGGUCACGGUGUGGUCACCGUGCGGUGCGGUCCACGGUGUGGUCACCGUGCGGUGCGUCACAGUGCGGUGCGGUCACGGUGCGGUCACGGUGCGGUGCGGUCACGUGCGGUGCGGUCACGGUGCGGUGCGGUCACGGUGCGGUCACCGGUCACAGUGCGGUGCGGUCACAGCGGUGCGGUCACGGUGCGGUCACGGUGCGUCACGGUGGUCACGGUGCGGUCACGGUGCGGUCACGGUGGUCACGGUGCGGUCACGUGUGCGGUCACGUGCGGUGCGGUCACGGUGCGUCGUGGGCGGUCACGGGGCGGUCACGGUGUGGUCACAGUGCGGUCACGGUGCGGUCACGUUGUGGUCACAAUGCGGUGCGGUCACAGUGCGGUGCGGUCACGGUGCGGUGCGGUCACGGUGCGGUCACGGUGCGGUCACGGUGCGGUCACGGUGCGGUCACGGUGUGGUCACGGUGUGAUCACGGUGCGGUCACGGUGUGGUCACAGUGCGGUCACGGUGCGGGCACGUUGUGGUCACAAUGCGGUACGGUGCGGUGCGGUGCGGUGCGGUACGGUGCGGUGCGGUACGGUGCGGUCACGGUGCGGUGCGGUCACGGUGCGGUCACGGUGCGGUCACGGGGCAGUCACGGUGCGGUCACGGUGCGGUCACGGUGUGAUCACGGUGCGGUCACGGUGCGGUUACGGUGCGGUCACGGUGCGAUCACGGUGCGGUCACGGUGCGGUCACGGUGCGAUCACGGUGCGGUCACGGUGCGGUCACAGUGAUCACGGAUUGGACAGCCAGCCCGUCCACUCCUCCACUGUUGACUUUGACGCUGUUUUUGGGACUAACUCCAGCGCCACGAGCAACGGCACCGCUCCGCAGACUCCAGCCGGUCUGGACGGUCUGGGCGAGCUGUUGAAGCCCUCUCUGCCCCCUCACAGCUCUCCUCUUCCUCCACCUCCUCUUCAUCAUCAUCAUCAUCAUCACCAUCACUCUGGAGGGAAGCUGCUGGCCCACGACCUGGACUCGUCUCUGGCCAACCUCGUGGGCAAUCUGCACUUUGGGACGCCCAAAAAGCCCGAGAUGCACUGGUCUCAGCCCGAGGAGAAGAAGCUGACGGGAGGACACCACUGGCAGAACAAGACCAUGACCAGCACCCAGUGGACCCCAGCACCCAUGGGACCUGCCCCCAUGCCUCUGCAGCCUGUGGUGAGAGACCAGACCCAGACCUGA